AUGAAGACUAUUACAACAAAAUUUGAGUGGACUGUUUACGAUAUUAAAAAGAUUCGAGAGGUUCUGACUUAUGGCAAAUCUCUGCAUUUGACAAGUGAACGAUUUUACAGUGCUGAAUUUCCUAUUGUUUUUUGGGAGUUGCAUAUUAAUUUAAUAAAACUUGAAUAUAAUAAUAUUUAUAUUUGGCUUCGCCAACUGGGACCAGAUAAUAUAAAUGCUUUUGUGAAUACAAAAUAUAAAAUUUAUGCAGCGAAAAAACAUAAUCACCAAUUUACUUACGUUGAUAUUGCCAAGUUUGAAUUAUCUCGAAUGUUUUAUUUUUCUUUUAGAUCAACAUACAAGUUUGAAGGACAGAGUGAAAUGGGAUAUUCCUUUGUUUCAUUGGACAGUGUGGUUCAAGUUGAUGGACUUUUACGUCUUCAUUGUGAAGUCGAAUUUGAUUGUUACAGUUUAACUUACAAUUUGCAAGAUACUUAUCGUAAGAUGUUGGAAAAGGAAACAUUUACUGAUUUUGUUAUUAAGGUUUGGGAUUAG